AUGGAAUCAGCUGUCUUCUCUCUCUUUCCAAGCCUUCCGGCAGAGCUCCGAAUUCAGAUAUGGCGUGACGCCCUGCCCGACAAAGUCGGACAAGCGCUAUACUUUUACAAAAAGGGGUGUUGGCGUCCUCGACACCUAACAGAAGCCGAUGCCAACUAUAAUCCUCACGAUGACGAGCUGAAUUUAGUAUUCGAAUUCCACCACGAAUUAUUAGAUGAUGUCCAGCUUGUCAUACCGUCCUUUUUUGUCAACCGCGAGGCCCGUGGUAUUACCUUGACCUGGAUUCACAGCCAGGGUAUUAAGAUACAGUUCUACAAGGAGAGACAGUGCCUUACUUUUGCACGCUCAUUCAACCCAAAAUAUGAUACGCUGUACGUUCCACUUGAGAAAUGGGAUGAAUUCAUUAUCGAGCCCUAUGAUCGACUAGAGGAGCCGGAUCUCUUUAACAGGGCUGUUGAGUGUCCUGGUCCCCAAAUUACGCGUAUUGCAGUACCCCAGGCGCUGCUCCAGCAUAAGGUCAACCCACUAGCGGACUUUUUCGAGUGGUACAACCAUUUGGAUAUGUUAUUCAUUAUCAUCGACACGCCGCCAGAUCUACAGCCAGAGGAUAACGAUACGGGAGUACAGCAGCAGUGGGAGCUUAAGAGCACACAAGGAGCGACAUUCUCUUGGAAUCAUGAUCGCGGCGUCUUCGUGGGGGGAUGCGAUGAUAUCAGCGACCAAGCGCUAUACAAGUUGAUACAGGGAGCUAGCGACGGGCUAGGUGAAAAGCUUGCAGAUAAUCAUAAGCGCAGCUUUGAGGUCCAUCCUGGCUUUGCAGUCCAGAAAUAA